UCAAACACCUGAAAAUACAAAAUCAUAAUAGGAAUCAGAUUCAAUAAACAUUCGAUUACAAAAAAUAUAUACAAUAAGGUGUAAAUAUAUUGAAAUUACGAGACUCUGCACAGUAAAAUAAGAAAGAGAAAGAGAAAGAGAAUGAAAGUAAAAAGGUAAGAUUUGAAUUCAAAUUAAUGAAAUAAAUGGGGGAAGAUUGAGUAAGAAAUGGAGAAAUAGAUAGAAUUUGAAUUUCAAAACAGUGAAACAAAUUGGGAAGAAGAUUUUGUAAGAAGCACCGAAUGAUGCAUAAAAUACUCAAAACAAAGAACAAAAUGGGGUGAAGCUUUUUUUUUUGGAGGGGGGCAGUUUAGGAGAAAAAUAAGAAAAUUAAAUUUGAAUUCAAAGCAAAAUGUGCAUCUGAUGAUAACCUGCUAAAUGAAUCAUCCGGUGGUUUGUAAGACAACAUGAUCGAGAGUGACAAAAUUUUGUAAUUUCAGUGCCCAUGAGGGGUAAUUCUAGUAAAAAGAACUCAUAUUUGCUAUCAACAUUUAUCUAUUUAUAGAUAAGUAUGAUUUUUAAUUUUAUGUAUCUUAAUUGAAUUAAAAAUAUUAGGAAUAUAAUAUAUUCUCUCUCAAAUUAGGGUUUUGAGAGUCGACUCCCAAAACUAACCGUCACUUCUCCAUUCUUCACAUUCAUCCUCUUCAUCCACCAAAUCCUUUUCGCUCUCCCAUCUUGUCCACUAUUUAUCAGUUUUUUGUUUUUCAAUAAAAUCAAGUGUUGCUUAAACCUCGAAGAUUCCAAUCGAGUUUUAUUCUCGGAUCUGUUUCGAAUUUGAGCUUGGGCUUGAUUGUUUUCAGAAUAAAUCAGAUCUUUUGAAAUCAAUGGUCCGAUUGUGUUUUUCUGUCUCGCCUUUUGGCGUGUGUUAAUUUAGUACCCAAUUUUUGGGUGAUUCUGCGUUGUUAUAUUUGUGGUUAUGUUUUUCUGUGUUAUCAAUGAGAAUUUGGGAUGGAGUUUUGGGAGAUCUGGCUUAUCGCAUCAUUAAUACUUUCGGCAUGUCUAUAGCUACCUCCCGGCAUGUAGAUAGCUGGGUAUGCUUGGAACGGUGGCGAUCGCAUGUGUUCACCUUUAGUUGUUCAUUAGUCGAGGACUCUUGUUCCUCAUUGAUUAGUUUUUCCGCAACAGCCAUGGAACUAUUGUGAAGGUCAAUUGUGAAGCUACCAUUUUCGGGAUUGAUGUAGGCUGGAUUACUCGAGAAGCCUUUGUAUUCAUUUUCAGUUUCAAGAAUCCUUGGAUUCAGUGUGUUAAGCAGUCUUGAAACAAUGCGCCUAUUUGUUCGUUUCAUUGUUUAUCAACCUGAUUGCAUUGUCAGUUGGGGAUUUGUCCCGACUAGACUUGUUUUAAUUUAAUGAAAUGAAUUUGCAUUUUGUCAAAAAAAUAAAAUAUUAGGAAUAUAAUAUUGUUUAUUAAAUUGAUAAUUAUAGACUAUGAAAUUUCAAAAUUAUGGAAGCUGGGGACUGGGGUGGUUAAUCUUAACUGAACAAAAUUGGUUUAUGAGUACUAGGAAAGCAAGAAGGGGAGAAAACAGAAAAAACAGGCAAGUGAGCUGACCGCGCUACUUUCGUGAUCUUGUCCUAAAAACCUUCUUCUUUCUUGCAACUCUUCCUCUGCUCCCUAAAAUUAGGCUGUCCUGUUCUCACUUCAAAUUAAUUAUGGCCAUUAAUCAUCUCACUAAUCUCACUCUACCCACCGGAGAUUUUUCCGACCACCCAUCUACUCCCAUCCACGGUGGUCAACGCCGGACGCCCAGAAAUCGUCAUUUCAAUUCUUCUCGGAUUUUCAAUUAUCAUAAUAACAGUAACAAGUUUCGGGUGAUGAUGAUGAAGAAGAAAUUAGAUCGGUUUCGGUUUUUCAGAUUAAAGAAUGUUGUAACUGUUUUGUUGAUGGGUUUGUUUUUUCUAGUUAAUUGGUGGAUACUUAUCCGGAUUCAAGAUUCGGGUCGGGUUGCUCAGGCUCUUAAGUUGAGCUCCCUCAAGCCUAACUUAACUACAUUGUCCAUUCCGGAAGAACUGAAGAAGGUUGGUAAAGGGAAAAGACCUCAGAAGACUAUCUAUGCACGGCUAUUGGCCAAGGCCGCUCAUGCAUUAGCCGAGAGGCACUCCAUAAUUGAGCCUAGAGACCUGUGGGUGGAGCCCUACACCGUGGCUUCUGCAUGGAAGCCUUGUUCUGAGGAACGUAAUUGGAAACCCAGUGAUGGUACUACUGGUUACAUAAUGAUUAGUGCAAAUGGUGGAAUCAACCAACAACGAGUUGCUGUCUGCAAUGCUGUUGCUGUUGCUAGAUUACUUAAUGCAACUCUUGUUAUUCCGAAAUUUCUUUACAGUAGUGUCUGGAGAGACUUAAGUCAAUUCAGCGAUAUCUAUCAGGAGGAGCAUUUUAUAAACUACUUGAAGCCUGAUAUCCAGAUAGUAAAGGAACUUCCAGAGGAGCUCCAGUCAUUGGAUCUGGAGGCAGUUGGUAGUGUGGUGACGGAUGCUGAUGUUGUAAAAGAGGCUAAGCCUAGCUUUUUCUUGAAGUACAUUCUUCCGAUUUUACAUGCAAAUAAAGUUGUCCAUUUUGUUGGAUUCGGCAAUCGCUUGGCGUCGGACCCAAUACCAUUUGAGUUGCAGAGACUUCGAUGCAGGUGUAACUUUCAUGCGCUGCAAUUUGUUCCUAAAAUUCAAGCAGCUGGUGCUUUAAUUCUUAAGAGAAUGCGGAAGAAUGAGACACGCUCUGGACCAUUGGAUAAGUAUCUUGUUGGCUCAUUUGCAAACUCCAAAAUUGAAGGCAGAAAUGCAGAUUCGAGAUAUUUAGCCUUACACCUAAGGUUUGAAAUUGAUAUGGUUGCUCACUCAUUAUGUGAGUUUGGUGGGGGUGAAGAAGAAAGGCGUGAAUUAGAAGCUUAUCGUCAAAUCCACUUUCCUGCAUUGAUAGGUCUAAGGAAGACCAACAAGUUCCCCUCCCCGGAAGAACUUCGGAUAGAAGGUCUAUGUCCUCUGAUGCCUGAAGAAACAGUUCUUAUGCUUGCAGGUCUUGGUUUUGACCGCGGAACUCGUAUAUUCCUGGCAGGUGCACAUAUAUAUGGAGGUAAGCCAAGGUUGGCUGUAUUGACUGCACUUUUUCCAAAUUUGGUGACUAAGGAGAACUUGCUAUCGCCAAUUGAAAUUGAACCAUUCCUGAAUUACUCAUCUCAGCUAGCAGCAUUGGACUUCAUAGGGUGCACAGCUUCAGAUGAUUUUGCGAUGACUGAUUCUGGCAGUCAAUUGUCAUCCCUUGUUUCUGGUUAUCGAGUAUACUACGGCGGGGGAAGAAUGCCAACUAUACGACCAAACAAACGCAGAAUUGCAGACAUUUUUCUAAAGAACAACACAAUAGAGUGGAAGGUUUUCGAAAAUAGAGUAAGAAAAGCAGUACGACAAACUAAACGCGUCUUUUCACGGCCUACUGGAAGGAGUGUAUACAGAUACCCCCGUUGCCGCGAGUGCAUGUGUUAUUUAGCCAGGUCUGCUGUUUAACUAGCUUCCUUAACCUUUUUAAAUUAUAUUUUUCCGCAUUUACAAGUUACAACAGUUUUGUUUCAUAAAUUUAGAUUUAGAUGAUGUAUUUUAAUGUCAAAUCUUGUAAUCAGUCUUCAUGGCCGCUGUUAAAGAGUUUUAACUUUUUGGGGAUAGGUCUGUAAAGGAAAAACCACAUACUCUAUAUUGACUUACAUUUUGCA